ACGUUUGUUUCAACUCUUCCGGUUUCUUUGUAAACACUUGUUAUGCGCUCAAUUGACGAUAUACCACGAGACGAUGCAACCAAAAAAAGAAUUCUAGAUAUCAUAGAUCACCAGUUCGAUCUAGAGAUUUACUUAAAGCAUCGCGAAGCAGCAACGAUUCGAAGGGAAAUCACCAAAGCAGAAGAAGCAUUACGUGAUCUAAAAGCAGCCAUUGAAAGCGAAUCAGCAGCAACCGAUACUCCACAUUACACGCGACGAUCUGCUGCCGUUGCUUCGGCUGCCACUUUGGCCAGUGCCCUCUAUCAGUCAUACUUGCCUAAUGGUAACAAAGCCACGCAGUCGCGUAGUGGCCAAGUAUUAUAUGGACGACGAGCAGAUGGUGUCUAUGUGCGUUUAUCCUGUCCUGCAUGUAAACGGGAGGAUUUUGCUAAUCGUCAAGGAUUUCUGAAUCAUUGUCGCCUGGCGCAUGAUCUGGAAUUUGGCCCAUACGAACAAACAAUGUUACGCUGUGGAACACCUGUGGAUGAAUCUGAAGUGCCACUUGACGAUCCUGCAAGGUCGCGACCAGUAACUAUGCAUAUACCCCCUGUCAAAAUGAAGAAGAAGGAGCGCCCUACGAUCAAAGUGUUUGAAGAGGAUGUGGAUUUGGAAUCGGAUCGUGUGACACAAAACGGUACAGGAGAAAAUGUUAUACCUCCGGCACCACCGCCACCACCGCCACCACCAUCAACAUCACCAUCAUCAUCAUCAUCACCAAGAUCAUCGGCUCAUCCUACACAAGGAUUGAAAUCAAUACCGGAUACCGCUACUCAAGAACAACAACAACAACAGCAACCAUCAGCAUCAUCGUCUUCCAUAACGUCAUCAACUGCUCAAGAGGAACAACAACAACAGCAACCACAGCCAAUGGAAUCAUUUGCUGCAGCAAUGUCAUCAUCAUCUGCCCCAUCUACGCCCACAGGUGGCGCUGAGACAGGCUCACGAUUUUAUAUUAAACGCCAAGUUGUAGUUGGAAAUGUCAGCAAAUUCAUCCUCCCCGAAAAGCGGGACCCUACUCUGAACAAAUUUACGCAUAAAUGGAUGGUUUACGUCGUCGAACCGCCGCAAGCGCAAGAAGUAUCAAAGUUUAUUACAGGUGUACGAUUUCACUUGCAUCCAAGCUACAAGCCGCAUGAUGUUGUCGAUGUCACAGAACCACCAUUUCGACUUACACGCUUGGGAUGGGGCGAGUUUCCAAUACGUGUCCAACUUUUCUUUGUCGAUAAACGGAGAAACAAGAGCGUGGAUCUCAUCCACCAGGUCAAGCUCGAUUAUACGCAUUCGGGUCGCCAAAUGCUAGGUGGUGAACGGAUCGUCGAGAUCGAGCUAGAUAGAAACACAGACUUCAAUGAUGUAUCUACAAAACCAGUACCACGAGCAACAUCAACACCGCGUGAAGAAUUAAACGCCGAAGAUACCAAGCAGCAGGCAGCAGCGAUAGCAUCGAAACAAAAAAUGAGUUUGCUGCAUGGAAUCCUGAAAGAUAGCGUGCGCAGAUUGCCCAUCAUCCGACCAGCAUCGCAACAGAACAUAUCAGUGCUGCCAUAUACCUGCGCAAUUGGACCAAAACAGUAUUUUUCAUGGUCUGUUGGUCGUCGGAAAGCUUUGGAGUGGCAUCGAGCUCACUUAUUGCGUGUGAAGGUACAGCAAUGCGCAUUUGACACUAUGGAUCCCGUUUUAAGAUCUGCAGGUGCUGCACUAUCUACUAAGGACGUUAUCCUCUGGUGUCGUGAAAAUCAAUUUACGCCACAAAGGACGGAUAUCAACCCAGAUGAUCAAAUUGAACAAGAUACUGUUGGCUUUGGUUAUUGCAAGUUCUGUGGCUGCUACCGUGGUCAUCAUAGUACGGAUGAUGCCCAUUGUCGUCAGCGGCCUCAGGGAUGGAAUCCACGAAAACGGGCAUUAAAUGGCAUGUCUAGUGUAGAUACUUUGUUGGAUAAACUGCCGGCUGGUUGGGACACUAUAUCAGAAGCAGAUGAUAUGGAUGUGGAUAUUGGUUCCGAAACGACAAAUACCGGGGAAAGUAAACGAACUAGUGGAAAAGCAUUAAUUGAAACAAUACGUGAAAGCAUUCAACAAGAGAAUGGGAUUGAUGAAGGACACGUGGACUGGAUUUGGUCUGUUAUUGCUCAACUACCGCUCAAGGGCGUAGUCGCAAACGCCAUGAUCCAGGAUCGCGAUGGCACGUUGAGAGGCCCAACACGAGAUUUUGAAAUCGUCGAAGCCAUGGAUCAACGAUUGGUGACUGGUAGCUUAUUUGCAGGGAUGGUCAGGGUGUUUCUCAAGCGAAUACUUCAAUCGGCUCUGGAUGUAUAUCAGAAACAGCGUCAGCAGGAGCAAGAGGAGCAGGAGCAAGAGGAGGAGGAUGAUGAGGAGGAAGGGGAAGAGGAUGAACGAGGAGAAGCACAGACAGAGAAGCUGCUGGUGCCUGUGCAUAUAUACGAAGGCAUACUACAGAAUCAGGAAUUUGAUUUCCUCACAAAUCAGUAUAUGGGACCCUCAUCCUUGUCAUCUUUAUCAUUAACAGAGCAACAGCAACGCGAAGAUAUUGUGGGGAAUAAUCGAAUAGAUUGAGAUUAUUUAUAUGUAAAUGUGUAAUUACUUGUACAAUAAAAUAAGAGCAAAAGAAAGCAAAUGAUU